AUGAUCGGAGCAAAAGAGAAAAUGAUUCCAAGCAUGAAUAAGAGGAGGAGAGUCGAGUCCGCCUCUGUGGCGGAGGACACCUCCAGUUUCUACAAGAGGCUGGGACUUUACAUACUGACCCCGUCCUCCACUUCCGGCCUGUCUCAGCAGAUUGGACUAAACACUAAGAACCAUGUGCAUCAAACUUGCCAUACAGGCUCUAAAACAUCAAACACCGCCCAAAGAUCUGACAAUGGCGCGCUGCAGUGGGUUCAAUCUCAACAGAGAGACAAUCAAACUAACACUGCCAGGACUUCCUACACAGGUCAGCAUGUAGGGUCUGAGUCAGUAGUGACCAGUCUGUCCCAGAAUGUACCCACUGGUCGUCCUGUUGGUGGCUAUCAACCUACCCACCGUCAUGGACAUGACUCAAACCAUGCUCAACACUCAAAUUACGGACAUUGGUAUCAGUCAAACCAUGCUAAUGGGCACCAAUCAAAUCAUGCUCACGGAAAUCCAUCAAAUCAUGGGCACCAAUCAAGCCAGUCUUAUGGACAUCAGUCCCACAUUCAUGGGCCCCAGUCUACUCAUUCCAGCGAGAAACAAGCACAUCGUGCACAAACCAAGACUGACUUUGUCAAUGACGGCGUUUUUUGUUGGUCACGACGUGAUACACUUCAAAUUCAUGAUCAGUCACAACCAAGAUUUGACAGACCAGUCAGGAAACAGCCUCAGGUCAAGCCAAUCGACAAGUAUGCCCCUCCUGACUACCUUACCAUCAUGUAUCACCCGACACCGACUCUAGAGGACCUGGGACUGACCAGCUAUUUGGACAGUCCUCCCUCGUCACCGAGAGCUAUGUCACCCGUCAGAUAUUCUGAGCAGAGUGUGACAGCGGCAGCUAGCAAACAUGAACAAACUUACAAAACAACGGCCACAAGCUGUAAGCAGACUGAUGCCAUAGCGACAACUAGCUAUAAGCAAACUGAUACAAAAGCUGCAGGCUCUAAGAUAACUGAUACAUUACUUCCUUGGAAGCUGAUAAGGAUCACCAUCCCAGAUGAGGACGCCAAGCCGGCUGUACAACUAAAGGGAAGUCAUGUUGGUGAUCCACGUCUUAUGUUUGGGAGACGAUCAAGAGGACAACUCCCCAAAAGGGAAGACAGUGUUCGUGUGGGACAAUCACAACUACCCAAGAGGGAAGGCAGUGCUUGUGUGGGACUAGCACAGUUCGCUAACAGGGAAGGCAGUGUUUGUGACCCACGCCGUGGUUCGGCUGCCCCGCAACCUUCGGUUCACCAAUCCCUGGAGUCUCAGUCGUCUGCUCUGACUGGACCAAACGAUGCAAAGAGAAAGGGGCCAUGGUUUAAUACACCUGAGAGACCCGAGAAAAAAUUGUGUGUCUGGUCAACGGUCGCUGAGCAAUACGUGACAGAGAGUCGUCAGUCUGAUAACCAAGAGGCAAGACGUGACGCAGCGUACAGACGAUAUGGCAGUGACGGGCGUCCAUGCAUGCGUCAACAGUCAUAUGACGCAGAGCGUCACCAGGCUAACAUCAAGUAUCAAACACAACCUGCAAGGGAAGAGUCGUACGAUGAGAUGCUUGCUCGCGAGAGGGCUACACAUAACGAGCGUCAACAUCUAAAACCUGGUGUCCAGUCUCUAGAACACACCAACAGUGUCAGCUCCACUUUGUUCACUGAUUCAGACAACAAGGUCCCGCAGACGUCCGGACCCGCUGUCUCUAUGGACCUGUUUGGUAGAAUGUCUCCGUUUAGUUGUUGGAAUCGGACAGCCCCGGAGGAUCCGAGGUUCUCCUAACUUGAUACCUGAUACCCUCCUGUUAAGCAGUUUCUUGGACCAUAAACGGUCAAAGAACUGAAUCACUGCGUCUUUCAGGGCUUUCUUUUUUGUUGCCCGUGGCAACCAUUGCCAACUAAUCUGUAAUAUCGACUUUGACUGAUAAACUUUUCAUG